UAAUUUUCUCUCUACGUAAGCGUGGUUGUGCUUGCCUGCUGUCUGGGAAAAAAGAAUAUAUAUAGUACAUAUAUAAAUUGUGUAUACCUACCGACGCAAUUAAGAGCUGGCAUAUAGAAAUUUGCAUAAAAGUUUAACAAUAUUAACAUAUAAGUAAAUAUACACUAUGCCCCGCUAUCGUGAAUGGGACUUGGCCUGCAAAGUCUACGUAGGCAAUCUUGGCUCCUCGGCCUCCAAAUAUGAGAUUGAGAACGCGUUCAGUAAAUAUGGACCCCUGCGUAAUGUGUGGGUAGCACGCAAUCCUCCUGGCUUCGCCUUCGUCGAAUUCGAGGAUCGUCGCGAUGCAGAGGAUGCGACAAGGGGACUCGAUGGCACACGCUGCUGUGGCACACGCAUACGCGUCGAAAUGUCUUCUGGCCGUUCACGCGAAGGACGCGGCGGUGGAGGCGGCGGUGGCCGCCGCGGCGGACGCAGUGGCAGUGGAGGUGGCGGCGGUGCAGCUGCUCGUGCUGGUGACGCUGGCGGACGUUAUAGGAUAAAGUCUACUUCUACUACAAGCACAACAAGAACAACAACAACAGCUACUACUACUACUACUACUAGAACUUCUACUACUCCUCCUCUUCCUUCAACAAGUACAACUACUACAACAACCAGAACAACUUCACGUCUCAUAACUACAACAACAACAAGAACAACAGCUCCUGCUCCUCCUCUUACACACAUUUCACCAACACCAACAACUACAACAACAACAACAACACGCCCAACCAAAUUGUGCAGCUUUAUGAUAAUUGUCGAUUUCAACAAAUACGAUAUAUUCCGCUGACUGCAAAAAAUAACAAGCAAAACAACAAUACCACCAACAACAACAAUAACUGCAACAGCGACUGCAACACAUCACAACAAUAUCAACAAGAACACAUGCUCCUCUUCGCAAGCUCUCUACAAAAUCUUAGUACUUAACGUACGCAUCUAUUUGUCAGCUGAAGGGGCAGUCCAAUCACCAUCUACCAUCAGCAGCAACAGCUACAAUCUGCAUCAGCAUCAACUGCGAUACCACACCACACAACACAACAUAAUUCAUUCACACAACUCUCCAUAUCUCUUUCUC